CCCCGCCGCUCGCAGCAGGCUCAGCAGCCCCCGGGCCGCCGGGCACUGGGGAGGCCGGAGCUGGGUCAGGCUGGAUGGAGCACCGGGGAUCCCAUAAUGGCUCCUUUCAUCCCGCGCUGGUGGCCGGCGGCCAGAGCUGAGUCAGGCUGGGACAGCUCAGCCGCGUGAGCCCCUUGCCUGGAGCCUGGUGGGGUCCCCUGUGCGCCCCGCUGCCCGGCCGGCCAUGGAGGAGGAAGAGGAGGCCAUAGGGUACCUGGAUAAAGUGCUGGAGGAUGAAGAUGACUCUGAGCCAGGAACCCCCACCAGCCCCGUGUCUCCGUUUUCGGCCGGCGAGAAGGGCGAGCGGGACGCUGGCAAAGGCCUGGAGAUGCGGAAGUUGGUGCUCUCGGGUUUCCUGGCCAGCGAGGAGAUCUACAUCAACCAGCUGGAGGCCCUCUUGUUGCCCAUGAAGCCAUUGAAGGCCACGGCCACCACGUCGCAGCCUGUCCUCACCCUCCAGCAGAUCGAGACGAUUUUCUACAAGAUCCAGGAUAUCUACGAGAUCCACAAGGAGUUCUAUGACAGCCUGUGCCCCAAGGUGCAGCAGUGGGACAGCAAUGUCACCAUGGGUCACCUCUUCCAGAAGCUGGCCAGCCAGCUGGGGGUCUACAAAGCCUUUGUGGAUAACUACAAAAUCGCAUUGGAGACAGCAGAGAAGUGCAGCCAGAGCAACUACCAGUUCCAGAAGAUCUCGGAGGAGCUGAAGGUGAAGGGCCCCAAGGACUCCAAGGAGAGCCACACGUCUGUUACCAUGGAGGCGCUGCUGUACAAACCCAUCGACCGGGUGACACGGAGCACCCUCGUCCUGCACGACCUCCUGAAGCACACCCCAGCUGACCACCCUGACUACCCGCUGCUCCAGGACGCCCUCCGCAUCUCCCAGAACUUCCUCUCCAGCAUCAAUGAGGACAUUGACCCCCGGAGGACAGCAGUCACCACCCCCAAGGGCGAGACCCGGCAGCUGGUCAAGGAUGGCUUCCUGGUGGAGCUGUCAGAGGGCUCGCGGAAGCUGCGGCACGUCUUCCUCUUCACCGACGUGCUGCUCUGUGCCAAGCUGAAGAAGGCAGCAGUGGGGAAGCACCAGCAGUACGACUGCAAGUGGUACGUGCCCCUGGCCGACCUGGUGUUCCCCUCGCCGGAGGAGUCGGAGCACUGCCCGCAGGUCCACGUCAUCCCCGACCACGAGCUGGAGGACAUGAAGAUGAAGAUCUCAACCAUCAAGAGCGAGAUGCAGAAGGAGAAAGCCAACAAGGGGCAGAGCCGCGCCAUCGAGCGCCUCAAGAAGAAGAUGUUUGAGAACGAAUUCUGGCUGCUCCUCAACUCCCCUGCCAUUCCCUUCCGCAUCCACAACCGCAACGGGAAGAGCUACCUCUUCCUGCUCUCCUCCGACUACGAGCGGUCCGAGUGGAGGGAGGCCAUCCAGAGACUGCAGAAGAAGGACCUCCAGGCCUUUGUGCUGAGCUCAGUGGAGCUGCAGGUGCUCACAGGAUCGUGCUUCAAGCUACGGACUGUCCACAACAUCCCAGUCACCAGCAACAAGGACGAUGACGAGUCCCCAGGGCUUUAUGGGUUCCUGCACGUCAUUGUCCACUCUGCCAAGGGCUUCAAGCAGUCAGCCAACCUCUACUGCACACUGGAAGUGGACUCCUUUGGCUACUUUGUCAGCAAAGCCAAGACCAGGGUGUUCCGGGACACCACGGAGCCGCAGUGGAAUGAGGAGUUUGAGAUUGAGCUGGAGGGCUCCCAGUCCCUGCGCAUCCUCUGCUACGAGAAGUGCUAUGACAAGACCAAACUCAACAAGGACAACAACGAAAUUGUGGACAAAAUCAUGGGCAAGGGGCAGAUCCAGCUGGACCCACAGGCUGUGCAGACCAAAAACUGGCACAUGGAUGUGAUUGAGAUGAACGGGAUCAAGGUGGAGUUCUCCAUGAAGUUCACAAGCAGGGACAUGAGCCUGAAGAGGACCCCAUCCAAAAAGCAGACUGGUGUCUUCGGGGUCAAAAUCAGCGUUGUGACCAAGCGGGAGCGCUCCAAGGUGCCUUACAUCGUGCGCCAGUGCAUCGAGGAGGUGGAGAAGAGGGGCAUCGAAGAGGUCGGCAUCUACAGGAUCUCUGGAGUUGCCACUGACAUUCAGGCUUUGAAAGCUGUCUUUGAUGCCAAUAACAAGGACAUCCUGGUGAUGCUGAGUGACAUGGACAUCAAUGCCAUCGCUGGCACGUUGAAGCUGUACUUCCGUGAGCUGCCCGAGCCCCUCCUCACUGACAGACUCUACCCCGCCUUCAUGGAGGGGAUUGCCCUCUCAGAUCCUGCUGCCAAGGAGAACUGCAUGAUGCACCUUCUCCGCUCGCUGCCUGACCCCAACCUCAUCACCUUCCUCUUCCUGCUGGAGCACUUGAAAAGGGUGGCUGAAAAGGAGCCCAUCAACAAAAUGUCUCUCCACAAUCUGGCCACAGUCUUUGGGCCAACACUGCUGAGACCCUCAGAGGGGGAGAGCAAGGCACACCUCACCUUGGCCUCUGACAUCUGGUCCCACGAUGUGAUGGCCCAGGUCCAGGUCCUUCUCUACUACCUGCAGCAUCCUCCCAUCUCCUUCACCGAGCUCAAACGCAACACACUUUACUUCUCCACGGACGUGUAGCCUGCAGGCAGAAGGCACCAG